AUGAGCAAAAAUAAUGAUGAUUCUUCUAAAGAAAGUCGAACAUUAGCUAAAGAAUUGGAUGCACUAGAUAUUCAUAAACAACAAAAAAAAUCUGUAAAUGGCGUUCCAAGAAAGAGAAACUAUUUUAUUAUAUAUGAUCCAGAAUUAGCAUCUAAGGAGCAUUCUAAAGCAAGAAAAGCAAUAUACAGAUUUGAUGGAGAGGCAGAUCCUCCAUUGAUUAUAGAAGAUCCACGUUUAAAAAUGUUAAAAUAUGGAAAAGAAAAAUCAAGAGGUAGAAAAAUGUAUAUGUCUGUCCUUAAAAAUGUAAUUUUUGAUUUUGAUGAAAAUUCAAUUGGACCUAAUCCUCCUUCUCAAAUUCUUAUUUCUAAUCUGUCUACAUUAACAACAAGCGAAAACAUAAGUAUGCAUUUUAAAACAUUUGGUGAUAUACAAGAAUUGGAAAUUCAAGUAAAUCCAAUGACAGGUGCAUCAUUAGGUUUAUGUCGUAUUCGUUAUCGUAAAAAUCAAUCAAACAAACUCCAAGGAUAUCAUGCUGCAAGAAAUGCAGUUGAAAAAGGGAAUGGAAUGAAAAUUGGUACACAAAUUGUCAAGGUGCAAUAUGAUGAAGAUGGUAUAAAAUGCAAGGCAAUUAUAGAGGAAGAGCUUUCAAAAAAAGCAUCUUUAACAAACACUUCAGCAUUUUCAGAUAAGCAUCGAGGUUCAUAUUUAGAAAACUCAAAAAAACGGGAAGAGGAUUAUAGGAAUUCCGAUUUUGUACAUAAAAAAUCUACAUCACGCGAUCACCGAUAUUACGAUCAUUAUUCCCCUGAUACGGAUAGCACGCAGACUCAUAACAAAGUUCAUGGGCAUUCUCAAAGUUCGUCAGGCUCUUCAAGAUCACAUAAUAAAUACCCUCAAAAUUUAGGCGAUGAUUCUGAAAAAUCACAAGAUUAUAUUUAUGAAUUAGCUUUAUCUUCAACAACAGAUAUUUUAAAAAAAAUAAACAAAAAGCCCUAUAUAUUUAUAAGUGAAAAAUGGCUUCCUUUAAAUAAAUUUUCAACAAAUGAUCUUAAAAAGCAUUUAAAUAAACAUGAAUGGACCGAUAUUUGCGUUGAUAAAAAAGGAUUUUAUAUAAUAUUUAAAGACAAUCGGUCAGCCCAAAAUUGUUUUGUGACAAUGAAUCAGACACAUAUAUAUCAAUAUCGCAUUACAAUGGAUUUUCAUCGAUAUAUUCCAUUAACUGAUACUCAAAAUACUAAAUUCAAAAAUUCUUUUCAACCUGUAGACGAUGUAGCAGAAGCAACAAAUAUCAUAAUUAAAGAAUUAACACAAGUAUUUAUGCGAGAUUUAAAAACCAAGAUAAUAGCGCCUAUUAUUUAUGAAUUCCUUGAUCCUUCUAGAUUUCCACCUGAAAUAAAAGAUAUGAAAAAUAAUUUAACAACGAGACUUAACAAUAUUAAACUAAAUGGAACAGAACAAAAUAUUUUAAACAGCAAUAAUGUUUCUGAUAAUGAAUCUAAAAAAAUCAAUGAAUUUUAUUCAAAAAUAAAUGAUCCUUCAUUUAAUGGCAUGUCAAAAAGGUUUUCAAUACUUCCAAAAUUCAAGAAAAGGGUUCAUGAAAACACUUAUAAAGGAGAAUCUUUACACGAUAGUCUUAGACGGUCCAAAAAUGUUGAUGCUAGACCCCUUCAUCAUCGUUUAAAUGAUUAUUCUGAUUCUCAAGAUUCAAGCUCAAAUGACUCAGAUACAUAUCAAUUUCAAAAUACGUCAUUUUCUGAUUCAGAAAAAGAUAGUGAUAUUAGUGCAAAAAACUAUAAAAGUUCAAAAAAAACUACUUCUAAUAAAAAGUCAAAUAUUUUAUCUAAAUUAAAAGAUUAUACAAGUUCAGAUGAUGAUUCUAGUGAUAGAGAUAAUUUUCUAGAGGCUUUUCAUAGAAGAGAUGAACUCAGUAAAAAUAAACAAAAAUAUAUAGAUUAUGAAAAUGUAGAUGAUAAUGUUUUAGAUGAAACAAAAUCAAAGAAAAAUAAACGUCGAAAUAUUUAUUUUACAUCAAGUGAAGAUGAUUCUUCUGAUAUUUUCAAAGAAAGUAUUACAGAUGAUGUUCAAAGUUCUGAAGGAGAAUCUUGUGAAGACAAUUUAUCAGAAUAUGAAGAAAAGCCAAAAAGAAAAAAGUAUUUGAAAAAGUCUAAAAAAAUUAACAAAACAGAUAAGACAGAUAUUGUAAAUGAUGAAAAUGUAAAUUUUAGUCAAGAUAAUCUAAUACCAUUCACUUCUAAAGAAACAUUAUUAUCAGACGAUGGUGUCGAUAUUUUACUUGAUAUUUAUGGAAUUCAAAGUAUAGUUAAAGAUGAAGAAGAUUUUUCGUUUUUAUUAGAAGCGUUAAAAACAGUAGAAUCGGCUGAAAUUGAUGAUAUCGCAUUGUGGGCAUGGAGAAAAAAAGAAAUUAAAACUAGUAACGUAGAUGGAUAUCCAGUAAUCACUAGGCUUCCAAAAGAUAAAGGAUAUAAUAGAAUAAAUAAGUCAGGUUCUGCUAGAACAGAAGGUUACUUUACUAUUACAGAUACUGAGAAAUCACUAUAUCUUCCUUUAAGAAACAAAGCUAUCAUACCAACAGAACCAUCAACUACAUCCAUUUCUUCUAGAAUGAAUCGUAUUAAUAAUCGUCGACUUGCUGUCGGAAUUGAGAUGCAAAAGAAAAUUUCGAGUAGUGAAACUGAUAUUUUGAGGUUUAAUGCAUUAAAAGCACGGAAAAAGCAAUUAAAGUUUUCUAAAAGUCCUAUUCAUAAUUGGGGAUUAUACGCUAUGGAACAUAUUGAUAUGGGUGAUAUGGUUAUUGAAUAUGUAGGAGAAAUUGUUCGUCAAACAGUUGCCGACAUUAGAGAAAGACAAUAUGAACGUCAAGGAAUUGGAUCCAGUUAUUUAUUUAGAAUUGAUGAUGACACAGUUGUAGAUGCAACUAAAAAAGGAAAUAUAGCAAGAUUUAUUAACCAUUCAUGUGAUCCUUCAUGUACAGCAAAAAUUAUUCGUGUUGAAGGAGAGAAGAAAAUAGUUAUUUAUGCACAUCGCGAUAUCGAAAAGGGCGAAGAAAUAACCUAUGAUUACAAAUUUCCUAUAGAGGAUGUUAAAAUACCCUGUUUGUGUGGAGCAAAAGCAUGUAGAGGAACUUUGAAUUAA